CGUUAGCGCAACAUACCUAUCAUCCUAGCAGAACCUCACGACGACAUCUUUCAGCCUCCUCAGUCCACAACCACUGACCAGCUCGCCGUACCGAUCAUCUCCGAGUCUUCCACUCGUUCAACAACUCCUCCAUCAUCCGCAAACAUGAAGCCCGUCAUAGGAGUAUUCCAGGCAUGGUUCUGCAUCGUCGUCAGCGUCUUCGCCAUUGUGAUCCUUUCAGUGAUCGGUGCCCUGUUCCAAUCGAACCACCACUCGAUGACCGGCUCGAUGGAUGAUCCAGAACACCCCAAGGCAGUAGCUGCUACUGUUUUCUCUGCUGUUAUCAUAUACGCUCUAUUCCUCGUCGGCUGCGGUUUCCAAGCCUACCUCCACUUCCGCGAGAACCGAAAGGGCGCCAUCCGAAUCUCAUAACCGCAUACCCCCGUUCUCCCUCCCAACCAAGGGUGUUUACAUAAGUACGGAUUGAGGUUUCGAGAUUCGGGAUUGAAUUGAGAUUAUGCCUACAUUAUAUCUGGUCUAAAGGAUCGGCAGAGAGGCGGUGAUACAAUUGAUAAGGGGAGUGUGAGGGAGAGGAA